AUGAGUCAUCUUGAACGCCUAUACUUGGUCAAUGUCACGCUCAAUAUUGAAGGUCCAAUCAUCAGUGUCACAAUGCCCGCACUGAAGCAUCUAACAUGCGAUUUACAUAUCUAUCCGACUAUAUCUAGGUUCAUAACAUCUCCAAGACUGGAUGAUCUUACUCUGGUCAUCAAGCCUAUGGAAGAUUCGACCAUGCGCGACUUUGAUGAAUGGCUAGGUCGCGGGGGCGAGAGGCAUCCGCAUAUCCACAAUCUCACUCUCCAGGCAUUACAUUCGGAAGAGUUUGAGAUCAGAAAUCUUGACGAUACGGUCCUCGAUCACUUCCCUGACGUAAAACAUUUACGCCUCUCCGGUACCACUCCAAGCUCUAACCUCCUUUCAUCACCCACGAGCGUCAAUUCACUCGCACAUAUAAUGGUACUGACCGUCAUCGGUAGUGCGAUCAGUGAAGAGGAACUCGCUUCCUUUAUGCGGGGAUUCGCUGCGUUGCAUGGAAGAACGCCCAAAUUGGCCGUUCUAAACUGUAGCAAUCUCAAUAUUCAGGCCAUUGCGAGGCUCCAGAAUCAGCAUUACUAA